UGCGGUCAACAAGAAUAUUAAAGCUUAAAAUUGGCAAAAAAAAUUAAGUGAUAAAUAUAUAUAAAUCGGGCUCAGACUAGUCACAUUUAAGCCAAGUAAAAGGACCAGAGAGCCACGCUGAGCGACGCCUAUAAAAAUAAAAACCACAACAGUUAAGCUAACGCUGGGAAAACCUCUUGGUCGAAACGUGGAACCCGAUUUCGGUUUCAGUCGAGAGUCAACCUUCAGCAGCGCAACAGCGAGCAUUUUUCUUCACCUCAGUUUCGUUUUUUGUAUAUCUCAUUUGUUUCCCCCACUUACGUUUCACGGUUUUUCGUUGGCACGCCCGCGCUAAUUAAUCCGCAGAUAUAACCAGCCGUAAUCAGGCCAAAUGCCGUACAUUAUCAUACGGGGGAACUUAGCCUCCUACAGCCACAAAUAUCCAUGGCGAGUGCUCGUCUCUGGAUUGAAAGCUGACGACAUCGAACAGUUAAACAAGUUCUCCUGCGGCGGCUACAGUGACGAGUCCACCAUCGUCUAUCUAGUGCAUCCCUGUCGGAUUUUAUCGGCGCUAGAAAUCCUGGGAUUUCGAGUUGUGGCCAGCUCAUCGACGGCCGUGAAGCAGGACUACAACGAGUAUAUGUGGACAAUGCGCAAGGAGUUCGACGAGCCAGAACCCCUGGAAGCAGAGUCCGUAGUCAGAGAAAAUCUUUCGAAUAUUGGCCGAGAGGCAGCCAGUUUAGGCAACUAUCACAAGGUUGAUUCACCCGAAUAAGGAUCCGUAAC